CACACUGUUCCCUUCAUGUUUGACACAGAUGAGACUGUUCCGGUACCAGAACCACGUCCCAUCAGAUAUUACCAACAGAAGCUUCAGUCAAACUUCCAGGACACGUUUAAGGUUACAACAGAGGGGUGGGCAGCAGAUGAGCAGCUUCUGGUUGAUAUCUACACAGAGCUGUACAUCACAGCUGGCCGGGACGUGCACGUCAACACACAGCAUGAGGUCCUACAGAUUGACAAGGUGUGGAAGCCAUCAGACACAGAGACACAGAUCCAACCCAGAGACAUUUUCAAGCAUCCUUCUGGAAAAGACAUACCCAUCAGAACAGUGCUGACCAAUGGGAUUGCAGGGAUUGGAAAAACAUUCCUCGUGCACAAGUUUGUGUUGGACUGGGCCGAAGAAAGAACCAAUCAAGAUGUGCAUCUUAUUUUCCCGUUCACUUUCCGUGCCCUGAAUUCACUGCAGGGAAAAGAGUUUGGUUUGGCAGAGCUCAUUCAUGACUGUAUCCCAGAAACUAAAGACGUCACAGUGGAGGCUCUGAAUUACAUCUUUACAGCUCUGCAGUCAUCAGGAAACAGGAGCUACAAGAAGAGUAGAUUCAAACUGCUGUUUGUGUUUGAUGGACUGGACGAGAAUCGCCUUCAUCUGGACUUUGAUGUGAACAACAUUCCCUCCGUGGACGUAACAAAGUCAACUAAAAUAGAAGUCCUGCUGAGCGGACUAAUCAGUGGAAAACUGUUGGGCUCAGCUCGCCUCUGGAUAACCACACGACCUGCAGCAGCCAAUCAGAUCCCUCAAAACCUCGUCAACACUACAACAGAGGUCAGAGGGUUCACCGACCCACAGAAGGAGGAGUACUUCAGGAAGAGAUCCAGAGAUGAGGAGCAGACCAGCAGCAUCAUCUCCCACAUGAAGAAGUCACGAAGCCUCCACAUCAUGUGCCACAUCCCAGUGUUCUGCUGGAUCACUGCUACAGUUCUGGAGGAGCUGCUGGAAACCAGAGAGGGAGGAGAUCUGCCCAGAACCCUGACUGAGAUGUACACAGAGUUUCUAAGAUUUCAGAUUGAUCACACAAAAGCAAAGUAUGGUCCAAAGAAACGCAUUCAGUACAUUAAGUCAUUAGCUAAACUGGCUUUUGAACAGCUGCAAAAGGGCAACCUGAUCUUCUAUGAGAAAGAUCUGAGAGAAAGUGGCAUCGAUGUGAGUAAAGCCUCAGUGUACUCAGGAGUGUUCACAGAGAUCUUCAAAGCAGAGCGAAGACGGAAACAGGAUGACAAGAUGUUCAGCUUCGUCCAUCUGAGCGUUCAGGAGUUUCUGGCUGCUCUUCAUGUCCAUCUGACCUUCAUCAACUCUGGAAUCAACCUGCUGGAAAAACAACAAACUACCUUCAAGAAGCUGAAAGUAUUUCUGAAGAAACCUGAACUAAAACAUCUCCACCAGAGAGCUGUGGACGAGGCCUUACAGAGUCCAAACGGACACCUGGACUUGUUCCUGCGCUUCCUCCUGGGUCUGUCACUGCCGACCAAUCAGAAUCUCCUACCAGGCCUGCUGACACAGACAGGAAGUAGCUCACAGACCAAUCAGAAAACAGUCAAGUACAUCAAGGAGAAGAUCAGUGAGAAUGUGUCUGUAGAGAGAAGCAUCAAUCUGUUCCACUGUCUGAAUGAACUGAAUGAUGUUUCUCUAGUGGAGGAGAUCCAACAGUCCCUGAGAUCAGGACGUCUGUCCACAGAUGAACUGUCUCCUGCUCAGUGGUCAGCUCUGGUCUUCAUCUUACUGUCAUCAGAAGAACAUCUGGACGUGUUUGACCUGAAGAAAUACUCUGCUUCAGAGGAGGUUCUUCUGAGGCUGCUGCCAGUAGUCAAAGCCUCCAAGAAAGUUGUACUGAGUGGCUGUAAUCUGUCAGAGAGAAGCUGUGGAGCUCUGUCCUCAGUCCUCAGCUCCCAGUCCUCCAGUGUGACAGAGCUGGACCUGAGUAACAACAACCUGCAGGAUUCAGGAGUGAAGAGUCUUUCUGCUGGACUGGAGAGUCCACACUGUAAACUGGAAGCUCUCAGACUGAGUGGCUGUAAUCUGUCAGAGAGAAGCUGUGGAGCUCUGUCCUCAGUCCUCAGCUCCCAGUCCUCCAGUGUGACAGAGCUGGACCUGACUAACAACAACCUGCAGGAUUCAGGAGUGGAGAGUCUUUCUGCUGGACUGGAGAGUCCACACUGUAAACUGGAAGCUCUCAGACUUAAUAAGUGUAAUCUGUCAGAGAGAAGCUGUGGAGCUCUGUCCUCAGUCCUCAGCUCCCAGUCCUCCAGUGUGACAGAGCUGGACCUGACUAACAACAACCUGCAGGAUUCAGGAGUGGAGAGUCUUUCUGCUGGACUGGAGAGUCCACACUGUAAACUGGAAGCUCUCAGGCUGUCAGGCUGUCUGGUCACAGAGGAAGGUUGUGCUUCUCUGGCCUCAGCUCUGAGCUUCAAGACCUCAAAUCUGAGAGAGCUGGACCUGAGCUACAACCAUCCAGGAGACUCAGGAGAGAAGAUGCUGAGCGCUAAAGUGGAGGAUCCAGACUGUAGACUGGAAACUCUCAGGUACAGACAGACAGACACUCUCAGGUACAGACAGACAGACACUCUCAGGUACAGACAGACAGACACUCUUAGGUACAGACAGACAGACACUCUCAGGUACAGACAGACAGACACUCUCAGGUACAGACAGACAGACACUCUCAGGUACAGACAGACAGACACUCUCAGGAAACUAUCAUCCUAGUGUUGCAGUCCAAGUCUGCUCCUUUCCAUCGGUAGGUUUCAGGGUGUGUGAGACGUCAGAGGAAGUGCUGCAGCGGUAGGAAGGAAGAAGAACAGUGAAGCUGAAGAAGGGUGAUGUUUAGGUGCAGCUGCA